AGUACGAAUCUCACGAUCGAGCCCUGAACUAGUUGGUGAUCGCGAUUUGGGUUUUCCUUUUUCUUUCUCACCUUCGAUCGUGCUGUGCCUAGUGAUGGUGAAGCCUAUAAAUUUAUCAUGGAGAUCUUUUGUCUGAAUUUUUCACGCACCUUCAGUGCAAUUUCCCAUAGUUAGAGAUCUUUGAGCUUUGAAGAUCGUCAAAAGCUUCGUGAAGAUCGUUCGAAGAUCGCUUCAAAACCAUGUCAAUUGAUCAAUUUACGAUCAGGAAUUUUCACAAUUGACUGUGCCGAAGUGUAUCAGUGGAACAAGAGAGAAGAUAUAGGUUUUUCAAAGCGGAACAGAGGAACUUGAAAAAAGCGAUUUCUCAAAAUAAAAUGUUUAUUUAUAUGCCAGUCGUGUUAACUUAUUUGCCAUCCUUUGCAAUGGCAAAUAUUUUCUUUUUUCUCGUAGGUGGAUUUUCUUAAUAUAUAUUUAAAAUUCUUUCUGCAAUAGAGUAUCCGCACAUAAAUUUUGGUUUUAUUAAAUAAAUAACUUUUCGUGCGUAUUGGGAUUGACCUCUGAAAAUCAGGAUUAAUUUUAAAUUAUCUCAUGAAAAAUUUAUUAGAUAAUCUCUCUUCUGGCGAUCUUUGCAAAAAUUCACUAUUUGUGAAACAAUUUUAAGAUUACUCAAUAGAGAAUAAAAUCAAGAGAUGAAAGGUCUUCUAGAAAAUUUACAUAAAAGUGGCAAAAGUGUCUUCAUCUCGAACUUGGUGAAAAGUUGUGAAGUGGCAUUAAAGUAAAAAUAAACGUGACGUUCAAAAUUGCUAAUUUUUCAGCUUUCUAACCAUGAGACUUCAUUCUUGUGAAAAGAUUUACUUAAUUUCAAGUGCAUGUCACUUCCAUUGAUCACCUAUAGAAAGAAUUGAGUGAAAAGUAGUGCUCGAAGGACCAAAAUGGGGAGUAAUUGUUGCAAAUGUGAUGGAACUAAUGGAAAAAGUGGAGCAAUUUCUUCUGGAUCAUCAAUCUACAGGAAAAGGAAACGAGAUGACUUGGCAUUGGGUGAAGGUGGUCGAAUUCGCAUGACAGAGUCUAAAAAUGCCAUUCAACUAGCCAUUGAACAUGUCCAGCGCGAAGAUGCUGGACUUUACACACUCUAUGCCCGUAGCAAGAACGGCGAUCUAGCUCGAAAAGAUAUCGAACUAGUCGUCGAGGACAGAUCCUCAGGUGAAGAUCCUCCGAUGUUCGUAAAGCGCCUCAGUGAUAUUUCAGUGAAAGUUGGCACAAGGACGCGCCUCCUUGUAGAAAUUCGCAGCUCUACGGACGUCAAAGUUACAUGGUACAGGAAUGACAGGAGAAUCUGCGAAGGUGAUCGCAUACGAACUGUCCACGAAGGUACCUUCUUCUGCCUCGAAAUCGGUCCAGUAACUCUCGAUGAUGGUGGUCAGUGGAUGUGCAUGGCAGAAAAUCAUGGAGGACGAAAUUCAUGUCUCUGCCAUCUCAAUGUUCUGGUUCCGAAAGCCUACAAAGGACCAGAAUUCAUUGAAGAAUUGCGUGCAGUGUUAACCGAACAAGGAACGGUAUCUCUAGAAUGCAAGGUUGUUGGAGUCCCUACCCCAGUUCUUCGGUGGUUUAAGGACUCAAAGGAAAUCAAAGCCGGAGACGUGUUUGCCCUCACGGCUAAUCCUGAUGACCCAACAUCACUUGGAACGUAUACUUGCGAAGCAGUUAAUUGCAUGGGACGUUCCUACUCAUCAUCUAAAGUACACGUUGUUGGUAAAGGUAGUAGGGAAGGAUCUCUUCGUCCAGCUGAUCAAGCUCAUGUAGGACCUCCGCCAAUUUUCACAUCUGAGCUCUCAGGCCAGAAAAUUCGCAUUGGCGAUCACUUCACCCUGUCUUGCCAAGUAGUAGUUCCUCCGUGGCCUCGUUCUGUGACUUGGUACAACAAAGAGGGUCGCGUGGAGUCCAAUGAGCGCUACCGGUUGGUGGAGGAUGGCCUUGGAGCUUAUAUGAUUGAAGUUAAACCUUCGGAGAGCUGUGACGAAGGCGAGUGGAAAUGCGUUGUAACGAGCAAUGAAGGAUGCGUGGGAAUUUCCUCAGCCACUGUGGAAAUGGACAUUCCCAAAAACUAUCGGAAGCCCCGUUUCAUGGAAACUCUCAAGGCAAUGCUUACGGAGGAAGGAUUGGUGUCGUUUGAGUGCAAAGUGGUGGGAUUUCCAACGCCAGUACUCAAGUGGUUUAAGGAUGGCCAGGAACUAAAACCAGGUGAUGUCUAUCAACUGACUGGCGCCAAUUCUUUGGGAUCCUACUGCUGCGUGGCUAGCAAUUGUAUGGGUGAAAUGAGCAGCACGGCUGUUCUUACGGUUGAAGAUAUCCAGAGUCAGCUCAAUGAUGAAGAGCUUAUGAUGUUCACUCAGAAAAAUCAACCACCAAGAUUCACUCAGGGCCUUAAGAGUCAAGAAGCUAGGAUCAACGAAGAGUUUCGAUUUACAGUAUCUGUUACUGCAACACCUGAGCCUACCCUUUCAUGGUUCCGGGAUGAUCUACCUGUGGAUUCUGGAGAAAGGUAUGUUAUCUUGCGAGAAGCAGUAGGGACUUGUCAUCUGGACAUCAAGCAAAUUGAGUUCCUAGACCAGGCUGAAUGGAAGUGUAUUGCAACAAAUGAUUUUGGAACAAGUGUAACUUCCUGUUUCCUUAAGCUACAGAUACCACGACACUAUAAGAAGCCCCGGUUCCUUGAGUGCCUCCGCGCCGUCCUCACCGACGAGGGUGCAGUCAAUCUCGAAUGCAAAGUGAUUGGGGUACCCCAGCCGGUGCUGAAAUGGUAUAAGGACGGAGUGGAACUCAAGCCUGGGGAUAUUCAUCGAAUUAUCUCAGGUCAAGAUGGUACUUGCUGUCUUGGUACCUACACAUGUGAAGCUAGGAAUUGUAUGGGUGUUGUAGCAAGUUCAGCAUCUCUACUAGGGUACGAUGAUGCUAGUAAGAAUCCAGCUUUACCACAUCCUCCAGAGCUGCAACGCAACAUCUCCCUGUCCACAAUUCAUGAGGAAAGAACAUCCCAGAUGUACGAAACACCAGGAUCAGAUAUCACGAUGGAUGAAAAGGCUGACGUGUCUUUCUCUUUCGAUGGCAAAGAAGUGUCUGUGUCUCUCUACGAGACUCCAGAUCUGACCGAAGAGGAAGCUCUGAAAAUUGUAGAGAUGUAUGCUGACCAGAUAUCAGAGCACGUAACUGAGCAGAAUGUCGUUGAAUUACCACCAUUGCGCUUUGUGAAGGAGACCUCAACAUCUGGAAAUCUCCUUAUGGAAGCUGUGGUGAUUGAUGUGAGUCCUGAGUAUUUCUCAGCCGAAGAUGACUUGCGUACAGAAGCCGAUAUGGAAGAUAUUUGCUCAAUAAAUGACACCCUUUCCCAUACAACCUCUCGGUCAAGAGUAGCCGAUGAGGCUCAACGGGACAAGAUGACAGAAGAUUUCGUUCAGCAGAAGAUGCAGCAGAUGGAGCGUGAACUUCAAUUGGAACCCACAAAACCAAAGAGGAGGAAGUCCGAUUCAGGUGCAGAUGGUGAUGAGUACUUCAGUCUGUCGCAUUCAAAGCCAUCCCGUGAAAGCUCUCCAGACAACACCGAGACAGAGGGACAGACUUUUGCCAGUGCCAGAAGUUCGGAGAAACAAAAAUCUCAGGCUAAGGGAACUGAAGAUGAAACUGAGGAAAUCCCUAUGAAAGUGCCUAGAAAACACAAAACUUCCAGUAGUGAAGAAUCCAAGUCCAGGGAUGAUGCAGGGUUGAGGGACAUUUCUGGAGAAGAAGGUGAUGGUUUAAAAAUCGUACGAGCUAGUCCUGCAGAAACAAAAAGGAGAUUUGAUCUCCUGAAGCCUCUGGUAAAGUCUCUGACAAUCAUAGAGAAACACCUGUCGGUGAUUGAUGAGGAAGUAGUGCUACAAUCUGGACUAAUGAUGUCUGCAGCGUCUGCUGAUAGUAGUCUCGGUGUAAUAAAGAAUAUUAUCAAUCCCCUCCGGAAUACUCUAGAGAUCCUUAAAGGGUAUUCCGGGGAUUGUACUCUAGAUCAGCUAACCCAAAUCAUACUGCCACAGCUCAAGGGUCUUCAGGAAGGACUCAAUGUGAUUGAGAAAUGUGUCGAGAUGGACGAACAAGGAAAGACCUUGGUUCAAAGAACAAGUGUCUGCAUUGUGGAAAGUAGUGGAGAGCAACUUCUUGGUGUACUGGACAAUUUAACGACUGUCGUAGGUCAACUGAGUAGCAAAACUUUGGCCAAUGAGAUGAAUUUACUACUCAAUGAUAUGAGAACAGGUAUCCAAAUGACACAGGAUACCAUAAAAUCUCAAACUCUGCUUCAGGAAGCCAAUGCUCUCGAAGCAGCCCAGCACAUAACGGAAUCUAUUGCAAGGAUGCAGGAAGAACCAGAUGUUGUACCUCCAUUUGAAACAGUGUCCAGUGCAGAGCUUCCUCAAGAAGCUGAAUCACUGAAGAGGAUCUGCCGGCCUGUUGUGAAGAUUCAGUUCGCUUUGGAGAGCAUUGAGCACGAUCUUUCUUUGGAGGAAAAUGAGGAGCAACUGUAUACCAAAGUUCAUGAAAGUAUACUUGAGAAGCUGACGGAACCUAUUGAAGAACUACGAAGAGAGAUGGAGGAAAUUGAAAAAACUGCAGUGGCUGGAGUUACAACAGAAGAUCUUCAGCAGAAAGUCAAUAUUGCCAUUUUGGAUAUCGUCACACCGCCCAUGUACGAACUCCAGAAGGGAUUAGAGAUACUAGCUCAACAAUCAUCCUCAAAUACUCAUGCUGGAAUGGUUAGUGUGAGUAUCCUAGAAUCCAUGGUACCACCACUUCAGGAAAUCCAGACUGGAUUAGCCAGAAUUGGUCAAGACAUUGAGUCUGGAGAACUGAAACGAGACUCACCAAUUGAGAAUGUCGAUGCACAGAGACUAAUUCAAUCUCUAGCACAAUCAAUUCUCAACUUUGAGAAUAAUAUAAUAUCUCUAAAUGGUAAAUUUGAGGACAAGGCAAAAACUACCCUCAUGGAUCUUAAAGCUGGUAUGUCUGUAAUUUUGGAAAGUGUUGUAGAUGCCCCACUAGACAAGUACAGGAUGACUAUUCUCGAAAAUCUCAAGAAGCCCAUGGAUGAAAUUAAUUAUGCUCUGCGACAUAUUGAAGUGAAAUCGAAUAAUGGAUCCCUGGCAGAUCUCGUGGAACCCAUUCUUCUCCUAGAAGAAAAAAUAAGAGUGUGUGAAGAUAUCUUGAUCCUUACAAAUCACUCACCUGAUCAUAUGAGUGUUAAAGCUCUUUCAUCAGUGAAGAAGACAAUUAAAUCUGUGAAGAAAGCUAUUGAUCUCAAUGAAGUCAAAGUAGUAGAGAAGGAGAAGUCCACCUCACUUAAGAUUCAGCAGGGAGACGUACAGGAAAUUUCAACAGCAAGUAUUCAAGAGUUAGGCACAUUGGAUUCAGCCAAACAGAUCAGCCGAAAAGAGACCAUCCAACUUCUGGAAGAGCUCCAAAUUAGAGUUGCAGGAAUUCAAGAGAACAUCCUCAUGGACAGCACGAAAGAAGCGCAGAGUUUCGAAAAGUCUUCUCUCCAGGAAACUCUCGUAACUCCUCUAGCCAAUGUACAGAGGUGCAUUGCUGAAAUCAAAGAUAUUCUUGUGAUGGAAACUACUCAAAGUAUCUCCAGUGAGAACUUCGUGGCGCUUCAAAAACUCGCCACUCCAAUGCAGGAAGUUGUCAAGCACUUAAAGACAGUGUCGAGUCAGGAAGUCGUUGAGCCUGUGGAAUCCAUGUCCACGCAGGAUAACCUGAGCCUGCUAAAGACAGUGGCGCAUCCUCUGCAAGAACUUCAAAACUGCAUUGCCACUUUGAGAGAGGAACCUCUUGUUAUUGAACAAACGGGGAAUGUUACAUCCCUGGACUCCCUCACUAUCGCCAAACCUAUCAAAGAACUCAGGGAUUGUGUGGCUGCUAUUCUGGCUAAUGUCGUGGAACCCAGUGAAGAUAUCUCUACAAUGGAAGAUAUUUCUGCCCUCAAAACAAUUGCUGAAGAUGUGGCAGAAAUUCGAGAUGAUGCUGCAAUUGUCCAGGAACCAGGAAUCUCAUCCGAGAUUUCAGAUGAGAUCCCAACUAUCAGUACAGAAGACAGGAAAGUUUACGCUCAACAACUUCUGACUGAUCUUGAACACAAUCUGGCAUCCGUGAGGCAACAAUGCGUUCUCGAGGAAGCCCAAUCCCUUUCUGAGAAAAGUCCAUCUUUGAUGGAGGCCCUAGCCAAACCUAUUGAGGAAGUUGAAAAAUGUUUGGCAAUCAUAAAAAUGCAGAAGGUUCAUGAAGAAAUUGGGAAGGAGUCUCAGGUUGAAGUGAUUUCUGAUCUUCACGAUUUGACCAUUCCUCUGCAAAAACUAGAGCAAAGUAUCGCAACAGUACAGGAAGAAAUCUUGGCAGAAACUUCAGAAUCUAUUUCUGAGAAGCAAGAAGUACCCCAACUUCCUCCCAUCGCUAAGCCUCUUGAAGACUUAAAAAGUUGUGUUAGUGUCGUAGAACAUUUCAUUCAGGAAGCUCCUCCAGUUUUAAUUGAUAAAGCUCAAUCAAAAACGAACCAACAGAUGUUACAGGAAUUGAUAAAUUGUGUGAUUAAAACGAAAGAAGAAGAAUCUAUUGAAGGGCUGAAGAAGAUUUCUUCUUCUUCAAGAAGUCAUAAUGUUACAAAAGCUGUAGAAUCUAUACAGGAGCUCUUCAGAACAUUCAAUGAAGUUGUUGAAUGCUCCAAGCUCGAAGAAUUCCCAACCCCAAGUUCAGAAGAUGUUGCCAUUCUUAAGAGAAUUCCUGAAGCUCUAAGAGUUAUUCAAGAAAUUAAUACUUCGUCGAAAUUACCGAAAGAAGUGCUGAAAAACUCAAAGAAUGUAUCAAAUUUAUUGUCGUGUAUUGAAAAUAUUGAUGUAAAAGGACUUGAACAAAUUCUGGAAUCGAAGACAUCAGAUUCAUCUGAAUUAACUAAAUCUUUAUUAGAAUCACUUCAAGGAAUAUUUAGUGAUAAAGAAGAACACAGAGUACCACAAGAGUUUCAUGUUCACUUAGAAAACCUCCUAAACUCAUCUGAAUCGCUGCUCAAAGUCGGAGAUAUCGCUUCUAUUGGUGAUUUUGAAAGCUCUCUAUUGAAGAUCAAAGAUAUUUCCAGCAGUCUUGUUUACAAUAAAGCUGAAGCAAUUGAGGUAAGCGAAACUAGUAAUGCUAAAAUUUCCAGCUUAUUAGAAAUUAUUGAAGAACUGGAAUCAGAAAUAUAUUCGACAAAAUCUUCAAUAGCGAAGAAUCAAAAAGAAUUGAAAUUAUCAGAAUCGGAAUCAAUAGAUAAACUUUUGACUUCAAUAGUCCCAGUCAAAAAGGAUCUAAUAAAAGUUCAGAAAUCAAGAGGAUUAUUAACGGAAAUCCUAACCGUAAUUUGCGCUAAUAAAAUCAAUAAGUGCCUAAAUUCUGUGGAAAGAAUUUGUAGGAUUUCUAAUUUAGACACAGCUCAAAAGCUCUGCCUUUCCGAAUUAGAACCAUCUUUAAAUCAACUUUUGAGUUCUAUGGAAUCCUUCCAGGGAGAAAACAUUAAAAGUUCUCUACAAGAAAGUCAAAUUACUGAAUUGAGGGAUAAGAUGUUAGAUUCACAAACUUGUGUUGUCCUCUUUGAAGCAACUCUUCUAACCCACAUCCAAAGGAAUAACGUUCAGAGCAUACAGAAAAUUGUCAAACCUAUCGAGCAACUUAAAGAAUCCAUUGAAGGAGUACAAAGAGUUUUGAUGGAAGACAAUCCAGAAACAUCAAAGAUAUUGAAAUCUAUCUCUGAAAUGGAGACUUCUUUAAAUGCACUUGGAACUGAACUAGUAGGAAUUGAAAGUGGCUUGAUGCCAGAAAAUGAUUUACAGAGAGUCUUGCAUCCCAUUCACAAAGUUCAUUCCCAUUUGUAUGACGUUCAAGAGAAAUUGGCCAAAGAAUCCCAAAAAAUUGCCAUAGAAGAGAUCUCUGAAUUAGCCCGGAAAAUUGAUGAAUCUGAAGACAAACUCCUUAAUAAGGAACAAUCUCAGAUACUUCCAGAAGAUCUUAAACAGAUCCAUAAGAUUGAUGGACCUUUGAAAGAAGUUCAGAAAGCCAUAUCAGAUGCAAGUCGAAUUAGAAUGUCUGAUGAGUCUAAGAAAUCAAUUGCUCAACUAUCAGGAGCACUAAUUGAAUUGGAAAAGAUUCUUGGUGCUGUUGAAGCUCACGAGAGCAGUGACGUGACAUUAGCAUCCAAUGUGAAUCUGGCAGAAGUUCAGAAGAAUGAAAACGUGAUAAAAUUAGAUGCCAUUUCAGUAUCGGACGCACAUUUGGCAACAGCAAAAAUAGACCAAGGCCUCAAUGUCAAAGAGCAAGAGGAAAUUAGUUUAGGAGGUGACAAAGCACCCUCGAAGGUGAUUCAGCAUACAGAAAUUACUGUUGAUGAUACUGAUGAUCCCGAAAAGCUAAAGGCUCAGGCAAAGGAAUUGCUGCGGAAGUCAGAGGACCGUGAAUUGACUCCAGUUGAGAUGGAUUCCUUGAAAUAUCUGCUUUCCAGGAUCAAUUCCCUUGGUCAUGAAAUCCAUGAAACUCUGGUUGAUGCGAAGGUCAUCAAUCAGAAUACUGCCGAUAUCAUAGAACAAAUCAAAUCGGAUGCUCAACAUGGUAUAGAUACGGUUAAAAAAAACGAUGUUGCAGACCAGCCUACCGGAGAUAUCUCCGCAAGUACUACUACUGAGCCGAUGGAUGUUGAGAUUUUAGAUGAAAGUAGAACCCCAUCCUUAAGAAUUGGAGGCGACACAUCAAUUGGCGACUCCAAGACAAUCGUUAAAUUUGAUGUGGGCGUCGAAGUUGAUGAAUUUGCUCAAGUUGACGUUCAUUUGGUUUCAAAGCAACAGGACACAGAUAAGGACACACCGAAAGAUAUUGUAGUAGAGGCUGAAGCUUUACAAGUUACGGAAAAAAUAACGUCUCCAGAAGACACUAAAAUGGAUGUUGAGAUCCAAGAAAUUAUUCUAGAACCUGGAUCACAAACAGGAACUACAGAAGUAGAUCAGGCCAGGGAUAAAACGAUAAAACAAGCACGAACAUUCUCAUUGGGACGAUCAGGUGAAGAAGACCUGGAAAAAUCACAAGCAGCAACAAUUGAAGAUGUAUCAAUGGUAGAAAUUUCUCAGUUGACCUCAGAAGAACAAGAGUCAGAUAUAUUCUCCGACCGAUCAAUAUCACUCGACCUACAGCAAGAAGAUGUACAGGAAAUUUCAUCUCUGGAUCUUCAAGAAUUACGUACCAUGGAUUCCGCUCAGCAAAUUAGUCAGAAGCAGACCAUCCAACUAUUGGAAGAACUUCAAAUCUGCGUUGCCGGAAUUCAAGAGAACAUCCUAAUGGACAGCACGAAAGAAGCUGAAAGUUUCCAAAAAUCAUCUCUCCAGGAAACUCUCGUAACUCCUCUAGCCAAUGUACAGAGAUGCAUUGCUGAGAUCAAAGAUAUUCUUGUGAUGGAGACUACUCAAAGUAUCUCCAGUGAGAACUUCGUGGCGCUUCAAAAACUCGCCACUCCAAUGCAGGAAGUUGUCAAACACUUAAAAACAGUGUCGAGUCAGGAAGUCGUUGAGCCUGUGGAAUCCAUGUCCACCCAGGAUAACCUGAGUCUGCUAAAAACAGUGGCUCAUCCUCUGCAAGAACUUCAAAACUGCAUUGCCACUUUGAGAGAGGAACCUCUUGUUAUUGAACAAACGGGAAAUGUUACAUCUCUGGACUCUCUCACUAUCGCCAAACCUAUCAAAGAACUCAGGGAUUGUGUGGCUGCUAUUCUGGCUAAUGUCGUAGAACCCAGUGAAGAUAUCUCUACAAUGGAAGAUAUCUCUGCCCUCAAAACAAUUGCUGAAGAUGUGGCAGAAAUUCGAGAUGAUGCUGCAAUUGUCCAGGAACCAGGAAUCUCAUCCGAGAUUUCAGAUGAGAUCCCAACUAUCAGUACAGAAGACAGGAAAGUUUACGCUCAACAAUUACUGACUGAUCUUGAACACAAUCUGGCAUCCGUGAGGCAACAAUGCGUUCUCGAAGAAGCCCAAUCCCUUUCUGAGAAAAGUCCAUCUUUGAUGGAGGCCCUGGCCAAACCUAUUGAGGAAGUAGAAAAAUGUUUGGCUACCAUCAAAAUGCAGAAAGUCCAUGAAGAAAUUGGGAAGGAGUCACAAGUUGAAGUAAUUUCUGAUCUUCACGAUUUGGCCAUUCCUCUGCAAAAACUAGAACAAAGCAUCGCAACAGUACAGGAAGAAAUCCUUACAGAAACUUCUGAAUCUAUUUCGGGACAACAAGAAGUACCCCAGCUUUUAUCUGUCAUACAACCUCUAGAAGACUUAAGGACCUGCGUAAGUAUUGUCGAGCACUUUAUUGUAGACCAGAAAGCUCCUCCAGUUUCAAUUGAUAAAGCCCAGGCAAUAUCCAAUCAUGAAAUUCUUCAGAACUUUGUCAAUUGUGUGGCUAAAAUCAAGGAAGAAGGAAAUCUGGAAGAUCUUCAAAAACUUUCUUUCUCUUCCAAAAACGAAAAUUUAUUGAAUACAGUAGCUUCUGUUCAAAAAUUAAACAAGUGUUUGGCUGAGAUUGCGACAAGCCCAGAAAUCAACCAGAUCUUCACUGAUGCAACUCUGGAAGACAUUGAAAUGCUGAAGAAAAUUCCUGAAGCUCUGAAAAUUGUUCAAGAAAGUUCAUCAGUUCAAUUUCCUCCUGAAAUGCUCUCAAAUGCAAAGAGUAUCUCUGAAUUACUAGAAUGCAUCGAAAAGAUGAACAUUGACAGUUUAAAUAAUAUCUUGGAACUCAAAUCCCUUGAUAAUUCUUUGCUAGUACAAUCUCUGAUAGAGUCUUUACAGAAAAUAUUUGGGAUGCAAAAACAUCGAGAAAUUCCUGAAGAUUUUUGCAAUCAUCUCAACGGUUUUGAGAAAUCCUUAGUCCUUCUAGAAGGUGAUAAAAUACCAGAUCCUCUGAAUUUAAUUGAAAACACUUUGAGUAAAAUUAAAGAUGAUGUGAAAGUCUUGAAUGAUUUGCCUAACGUUAGUUUGAGUGAUCACGAAAUAACCACAAAGAUCCAAUGUAUUCUUGAGGACAUUGAGGAUCUUGAAUCCAAUCUUUAUAUUAAUAAAUCAUUUAUUCGGCAACAAGCUGACAGUAAAGAAGAUCAACAUUUGAAUAUCGAAGAGGUAGAAAAAGUAUUGUCGUCAAUUGUUCCUCUGAAAAAAGAUCUAAUCAAAAUUCAGAAAUCAAGAGAAAAAUUGAGUAAAAUUUUAAUUGAAAAUUGUGCAAAUAAAAUCAAUAAGUGCCUAAAUUCUGUAGAGAAAAUUUGCAGAAAUUCAAAUUUAGACACUAUACAAAAGCUCUGCCUUUCCGAAUUAGAACCAUCCUUAAAUCAACUUUUGAGUUCUAUGGAUUCUUUCAAGAUUGAGAAUAUUCAAGAACCUCUUCAUGAAAGUCAAAUUACUGACUUAAGAGAUAAGAUGUUAGAUUCUCAAACUUGUAUAGUACUCUUCGAAGCAACUCUACUGGCAAACAUUCAAAGGAAUAACGUUACGAACAUUCGAGACAUUAUUAAGCCCAUCGAAAAGCUUAAAGAAUCUAUUGAGGGAGUGCAAAGAGUUCUUCUAGAAGAGCAUCCAGAACCAUCAAAUAUCUUAAUAUCCGCCUCUCAAAUAGAAGUCUCCUUAAUUGCACUUAGGGCUGAACUCAUUAGAGUAGAAAGUGAUUUGAUACCAGAAAAUGACUUACAACAGCUUUUGCUACCCAUUCAGAAAGUUUAUUCUCUGAUAAACGAAACUGAGUACAAACUGAAUCUGGAAAGAGAAAGCUCCUUCGCAGAUGAGCUAAAUGGAUUAUCUCAAAAACUCGAACUCGCACAAGAUAAAAUUUUAAACAAAAAUCAAUCUCAAAUUAGUCUUGAAGAUUUGAUGAUCAUUCAUAAAAUCAGUUCCCCAUUAAAUGAAAUUAAAAAAGUAAUUACUACAGCCGUUAAUGAAUGCCAAGAUUCCCGACAACUCUCAACAACUAAAGAAUUACAUGACUCAUUAUGCAUCUUAGAAGGAGCGAUAAACGAAAUACACAUGUCAGAAGACGUUGAAAGAAAAAAUAUUAAGAAAAUAAAACUUGAAACACCACAAGGCUUUGAAUGCAUGGAACAAACUUCAAAAGAAGAAAAUCAAGAACCUCAAGUUGCAGAAGUAGAAGAAGAACAAGAAUCUGCAAAAGCAAAACUUCAAGCAAGAAAGGAAUCUGAAGAUUUAGAGAAGCCUCAAACAGCAGAAGCUGAGGAAGCACAGAAGGCAGAAAAGGCAAAACUUCAAGCAAGGAAGGAAUCUCAAGAUUCGGAAAAGCCUCAAACUGCAGAAGCUGAGGAAGCACAGAAGGCAGAAAAGGCAAAACUUGAAGCAAGGAAGGAAUCUGAAGAUUUAGAAAAGCCUCAAACUGCAGAAGCUCAGGAAGCACAGAAGGCAGAAAAGGCGAAACUUCAAGCAAGGAAGGAAUCUGAAGAUUUAGAGAAGCCUCAAACUGCAGAAGCUAAGGACGCACAGAAAGCAGAAAAGGCAAAACUUCAAGCAAGGAAGGAAUCUGAAGAUUUAGAAAAGCCUCAAACUGCAGAAGCUGAGGAAGCACAGAAGGCAGAAAAGGCAAAACUUGAAGCAAGGAAGGAAUCUGAAGAUUUAGAGAAGCCCCAAACAGCAGAAGCUGAGGAAGCACAGAAGGCAGAAAAGGCAAAACUUCAAGCAAGGAAGGAAUCUGAAGAUUUAGAAAAGCCUCAAGCUGCAGUAGCUCAGGCAGCACAAAAGGCAGAAAAGGCGAAACUUCAAGCAAGAAAGGAAUCUGAAGAUUUGGAAAAGCCUCAAACUGCAGAAGCUGAGGAAGCACAGAAGGCAGAAAAGGCAAAACUUGAAGCAAGGAAGGAAUCUGAAGAUUUAGACAAGCCUCAAACUGCAGAAGCUGAGGAAGCACAAAAGGCAGAAAAGGCAAAACUUCAAGCAAGAAAGGAAUCUGAAGAUUUAGAGAAACCUCAAACUGCAGAAGCUCAGGAAGCACAGAAGGCAGAAAAGGCAAAACUUAAAGCAAGGAAGGAAUCUGAAGAUUUAGAAAAGCCUCAAGCUGCAGUAGCUCAGGCAGCACAAAAGGCAGAAAAGGCGAAACUUCAAGCAAGAAAGGAAUCUGAAGAUUUGGAAAAGCCUCAAACUGCAGAAGCUGAGGAAGCACAGAAGGCAGAAAAGGCAAAACUUGAAGCAAGGUUUGAAUCUGAAGAUUUAGAAAAGCCUCAAACUGCAGAAGCUGAGGAAGCACAAAAGGCAGAAAAGGCAAAACUUCAAGCAAGAAAGGAAUCUGAAGAUUUAGAGAAGCCUCAAACUGCAGAAGCUCAGGAAGCACAGAAGGCAGAAAAGGCAAAACUUAAAGCAAGGAAUGAAUCUGAAGAUUUGGAAAAGCCUCAAGCUGCAGAAGCUCAGGAAGCACAGAAGGCAGAAAAGGCGAAACUUCAAGCAAGAAAGGAAUCUGAAGAUUUGGAAAAGCCUCAAACUGCAGAAGCUGAGGAAGCACAGCAGGCAGAAAAGGCAAAACUUGAAGCAAGGAAGGAAUCUGAAGAUUUGGAAAAGCCUCAAACUGCAGAAGCUGAGGAAGCACAGAAGGCAAAAAAGGCAAAACUUGAAGCAAGGUUUGAAUCUGAAGAUUUAGAGAAGCCUCAAACUGCAGAAGCUGAGGAAGCACAAAAGGCAGAAAAGGCAAAACUUCAAGCAAGAAAGGAAUCUGAAGAUUUAGAGAAGCCUCAAACUGCAGAAGCUCAGGAAGCACAGAAGGCAGAAAAGGCAAAACUUAAAGCAAGGAAGAAAUCUGAAGAUUUGGAAAAGCCUCAAGCUGCAGAAGCUCAGGAAGCACAGAAGGCAGAAAAGGCGAAACUUCAAGCAAGAAAGGAAUCUGAAGAUUUGGAAAAGCCUCAAACUGCAGAAGCUCAGGAAGCACAGAAGGCAGAAAAGGCAAAACUUGAAGCAAGAAAGGAAUCUGAAGAUUUGGAAAAGCCUCAAACUGCAGAAGCUCAGGAAGCACAGAAGGCAGAAAAGGCAAAACUUGAAGCAAGAAAGGAAUCUGAAGAUUUAGAGAAGCCUCAAACUGCAGAAGCUGAGGAAGCACAGAAGGCAGAAAAGGCAAAACUUCAAGCAAGGAAGGAAUCUGAAGAUUUAGAGAAGCCUCAAACUGCAGAAGCUGAGGAAGCACAGAAGGCAGAAAAGGCAAAACUUCAAGCAAGGAAGGAAUCUGAAGAUUUAGAGAAGCCUCAAACUGCAGAAGCUGAGGAAGCGCAGAAGGCAGAAAAGGCGAAACUUCAAGCAAGAAAAGAAUCUGAAGAUUUGGAAAAGCCUCAAACUGCAGAAGCUGAGGAAGCACAGAAGGCAGAAAAGGCAAAACUUGAAGCAAGGAAGGAAUCCGAAGAUUUAGAAAAGCCUCAAACUGCAGAAGCUGAGGAAGUACAGAAGUCAGAAAAGGCGAAACUUCAAGCAAGAAAGGAAUCUGAAGAUUUUGAAAAGCCUCAAACUGCAGAAGCUGAGGAAGUACAGAAGGCAGAAGAGGCGAAACUUCAAGCAAGAAAGGAAUCUGAAGAUUUGGAAAAGCCUCAAACUGCAGAAGCUGAGGAAGCACAGAAGGCAGAAAAGGCAAAACUUCAAGCAAGAAAAGAAUCUGAAGAUUUGGAAAAGCCUCAAACUGCAGAAGCUGAGGAAGCACAGAAGGCAGAAAAGGCAAAACUUCAAGUAAUGAAGGAAUCUGAAGAUUUGGAAAAGCCUCAAACUGCAGAAGCUGAGGAAGCACAGAAGGCAGAAAAGGCAAAACUUCAAGCAAGAAAGGAAUCUGAAGAUUUGGAAAAGCCUCAAACUGCAGAAGCUGAGGAAGCGCAGAAGGCAGAAAAGGCGAAACUUCAAGCAAGAAAAGAAUCUGAAGAUUUGGAAAAGCCUCAAACUGCAGAAGCUGAGGAAGCACAGAAGGCAGAAAAGGCAAAACUUGAAGCAAGGAAGGAAUCCAAAGAUUUAGAAAAGCCUCAAACUGCAGAAGCUGAGGAAGUCCAGAAGUCAGAAAAGGCGAAACUUCAAGCAAGAAAGGAAUCUGAAGAUUUGGAAAAGCCUCAAACUGCAGAAGCUCAGGAAGCACAGAAGGCAGAAAAGGCGAAACUUCAAGCAAGAAAGGAAUCUGAAGAUUUGGAAAAGCCUCAAACUGCAGAAGCUGAGGAAGCACAGAAGGCAGAAAAGGCGAAACUUCAAGCAAGGAAGGAAUCUGAAGAUUUAGAAAAGCCUCAAACUGCAGAAGCUCAGGAAGCACAGAAGGCAGAAAAGGCGAAACUUCAAGCAAGGAAGGAAUCUGAAGAUUUAGAAAAGCCUCAAACAGCUGAAGCUCUGGAAGCACAGAAGGCAGAAAAGGCGAAACUUCAAGCAAGAAAGGAAUCUGAAGAUUUGGAAAAGCCUCAAACUGCAGAAGCUCAGGAAGCACAGAAGGCAGAAAAGGCGAAACUUCAAGCAAGGAAGGAAUCUGAAGAUUUAGAAAAGCCUCAAACAGCUGAAGCUCUGGAAGCACAGAAGGCAGAAAAGGCGAAACUUCAAGCAAGAAUGGAAUCUGAAGAUUUGGAAAAGCCUCAAACUGCAGAAGCUCAGGAAGCACAGAAGGCAGAAAAGGCAAAACUUGAAGCAAGGAAGAAAUCUGAAGAUUUAGAAAAGCCUCAAACUGCAGAAGCUCAGGAAGCACAGAAGGCAGAAAAGGCGAAACUUCAAGCAAGAAUGGAAUCUGAAGAUUUGGAAAAGCCUCAAACUGCAGAAGCUCAGGAAGCACAGAAGGCAGAAAAGGCAAAACUUGAAGCAAGGAAGAAAUCUGAAGAUUUAGAAAAGCCUCAAACUGCAGAAGCUCAGGAAGCACAGAAGGCAGAAAAGGCGAAACUUCAAGCAAGAAAGGAAUCUGAAGAUUUGGAAAAGCCUCAAACAGCAGAAGCUCAGGAAGCACAGAAGGCAGAAAAGGCGAAACUUCAAGCAAGAAAAGAAUCUGAAGAUUUGGAAAAGCCUCAAACAGCAGAAGCUCAGGAAGCACAGAAGGCAGAAAAGGCAAAACUUCAAGCAAGGAAGGAAUCUGAAGAUUUAGAAAAGCCUCAAACUGCAGAAGCUGAGGAAGUCCAGAAGUCAGAAAAGGCGAAACUUCAAGCAAGAAAGGAAUCUGAAGAUUUUGAAAAGCCUCAAACUGCAGAAGCUGAGGAAGUACAGAAGGCAGAAGAGGCGAAACUUCAAGCAAGAAAGGAAUCUGAAGAUUUGGAAAAGCCUCAAACUGCAGAAGCUGAGGAAGCACAGAAGGCAGAAAAGGCGAAACUUCAAGCAAGGAAGGAAUCUGAAGAUUUAGAAAAGCCUCAAACUGCAGAAGCUCAGGAAGCACAGAAGGCAGAAAAGGCGAAACUUCAAGCAAGGAAGGAAUCUGAAGAUUUAGAAAAGCCUCAAACAGCUGAAGCUCUGGAAGCACAGAAGGCAGAAAAGGCGAAACUUCAAGCAAGAAUGGAAUCUGAAGAUUUGGAAAAGCCUCAAACUGCAGAAGCUCAGGAAGCACAGAAGGCAGAAAAGGCGAAACUUCAAGCAAGGAAGGAAUCUGAAGAUUUAGAAAAGCCUCAAACAGCUGAAGCUCUGGAAGCACAGAAGGCAGAAAAGGCGAAACUUCAAGCAAGAAUGGAAUCUGAAGAUUUGGAAAAGCCUCAAACUGCAGAAGCUCAGGAAGCACAGAAGGCAGAAAAGGCAAAACUUGAAGCAAGGAAGAAAUCUGAAGAUUUAGAAAAGCCUCAAACUGCAGAAGCUGAGGAAGCACAGAAGGCAGAAGAGGCGAAACUUCAAGCAAGAAAGGAAUCUGAAGAUUUGGAAAAGCCUCAAACAGCAGAAGCUCAGGAAGCACAGAAGGCAGAAAAGGCGAAACUUCAAGCAAGAAAAGAAUCUGAAGAUUUAGAAAAGCCUCAAACUGCAGAAGCUCAGGAAGCACAGAAGGCAGAAAAGGCAAAACUUCAAGCAAGGAAGGAAUCUGAAGAUUUAGAAAAGCCUCAAACUGCAGAAUCUGAGGAAGCACAAAAGGCAGAAAAGGCAAAACUUGAAGCAAGAAAGGAAUCUGAAGAUUUGGAAAAGCCUCAAACUGCAGAAGCUGAGGAAGCACAGAAGGCAGAAAAGGCAAAACUUCAAGCAAGGAAGGAAUCUGAAGAUUUGGAAAAGCCUCAAACUGCAGAAUCUGAGGAAGCACAGAAGGCAGAAAAGGCAAAACUUAAAGCAAGGAAGAAAUCUGAAGAUUUAGAAAAGCCUCAAACUGCAGAAGCUGAGGAAGCACAGAAGACAGAAAAGGCGAAACUUCAAGCAAGAAAGAAAUCUGAAGAUUUGGAAAAGCCUCAAACUGCAGAAGCUCAGGAAGCACAGAAGGCAGAAAAGGCAAAACUUGAAGCAAGAAAGGAAUCUGAAGAUUUGGAAAAGCCUCAAACUGCAGAAACUGAGGAAGCACAGAAGGCAGAAAAGGCAAAACCUCAAGCAAGGAGGGAAUCUGAAGAUUUGAAAAAGCCUCAAACAGCAGAAGCUGAGAAUGCACAGAAGGCAGAAAAGGCAAAACUUAAAGCAAGGAAGAAAUCUGAAGAUUUAGAAAAGCCUCAAACUGCAGAAGCUCAGAAAGCACAGAAGGCAGAAAAGGCAAAACUUGAAGCAAGGAAGGAAUCUGAAGAUUUGGAAAACCCUCAAACAGCAGAAGCUGAGGACGCGCAGAAGGCAGAAGAGGCGAAACUUCAAGCAAGAAAAGAAUCUGAAGAUUUAGAAAAGCCUCAAACUGCAGAAGCUGAGGAAGCACAGAAGACAGAAAAGGCGAAACUUCAAGCAAGGAAGGAAUCUGAAGAUUUGGAAAAGCCUCAAACUGCAGAAGCUGAGGAAGCACAGAAGGCAGAAGAGGCGAAACUUCAAGCAAGGAAAGAUUCUGGUGAUUUCGAGAAACCUCAAGAAGGUGCAGUUGAAGAAACUCCGAAAGCGGAGAAAGCCAAGAUCAAAGCCAGAAAAUCGUCAGAGGAAACAGAGAAGCCCCAAGAAGCUGCUGUUGAAGAAGGUCCUAAAGGAGAAAAAGCCCAAAUUGAGGCCAGAAAGAAAUCUGAGGAAAUUGAGAAACCUCAAGAAGCUGCUGUUGAAGAAUCUCCCAAAGCUGAGAAAGCCAAGAUCAAAGCUAGAAAAGCGUCAGAGGAAACUGAGAAACCCCAAGAAGCUGCUGUUGAAGAAGGUCCGAAAGCAGAGAAGGCCCAAAUUAAGGCCAGAAAGAAAUCGGAGGAUAUCGAGAAACCUCAAGAAGCUGCAGUUGAAGAAUCUCCCAAAGCUGAGAAAGCCAAGAUCAAAGCCAGAAAAUCGUCAGAGGAAACAGAGAAGCCCCAAGAAGCUGCUGUUGAAGAAGGUCCUAAAGCAGAAAAAGCCCAAAUUGAGGCCAGAAAGAAAUCUGAGGAAAUUGAGAAACCUCAAGAAGCUGCAGUUGAAGAAUCUCCCAAAGCUGAGAAAGCCAAGAUCAAAGCUAGAAAAGCGUCAGAGGAAACUGAGAAGCCCCAAGAAGCUGCUGUUGAAGAAGGUCCGAAAGCAGAGAAGGCCCAAAUUAAGGCCAGAAAGAAAUCGGAGGAUAUCGAGAAACCUCAAGAAGCUGCAGUUGAAGAAUCUCCCAAAGCUGAGAAAGCCAAGAUCAAAGCCAGAAAAUCGUCAGAGGAAACAGAGAAGCCCCAAGAAGCUGCUGUUGAAGAAGGUCCUAAAGCAGAAAAAGCCCAAAUUGAGGCCAGAAAGAAAUCUGAGGAAAUUGAGAAACUUCAAGAAGCUGCAGUAGAAGAAACUCCCAAAGCAGAGAAAGUCAAGAUCAAAGCUAGAAAAGCGUCAGAGGAAACAGAAAAGCCCCAAGAAGCUGCUGUUGAAGAAGGUCCUAAAGCAGAAAAAGCCCAAAUUAAAUCCAAAAAGAAAUCGGAGGAAAUUGAGAAACCUCAAGAAGCUGCAGUUGAAGAAUCUCCCAAAGCUGAGAAAGCCAAGAUCAAAGCUAGAAAAGCGUCAGAGGAAACUGAGAAACCCCAAGAAGCUGCUGUUGAAGAAGGUCCGAAAGCAGAGAAGGCCCAAAUUAAGGCCAGUAAGAAAUCGGAGGAUAUCGAGAAACCUCAAGAAGCUGCAGUUGAAGAAUCUCCCAAAGCUGAGAAAGCCAAGAUCAAAGCUAGAAAAGCGUCAGAGGAAACUGAGAAACCCCAAGAAGCUGCUGUUGAAGAAGGUCCGAAAGCAGAGAAGGCCCAAAUUAAGGCCAGAAAGAAAUCUGAGGAAAUUGAGAAACCUCAAGAAGCUUCAGUUGAAGAAACUCCCAAAACGGAGAAAGCUAAGAUCAAAGCUAGAAAAACGUCAGAGGAAACAGAAAAGUCCCAAGAAGCUGCUGUUGAAGAAGGUCCUAAAGCAGAAAAAGCCCAAAUUAAAUCCAAAAAGAAAUCGGAGGAAAUUGAGAAACCUCAAGAAGCUGCAGUUGAAGAAUCUCCCAAAGCUGAGAAAGCCAAGAUCAAAGCCAGAAAAGCGUCAGAGGAAACAGAGAAGCCCCAAGAAGCUGCUGUUGAAGAAGGUCCUGAAGCAGAAAAAGCCCAAAUUAAGGCCAGAAAGAAAUCUGAGGAAAUUGAGAAACCUCAAGAAGCUGCGGUUGAAGAAACUCCCAAAGCAGAGAAAGCCAAGAUCACAGCCAGAAAAGCGUCAGAGGAAACAGAGAAGCCCCAAGAAGUUACUGUUGAAGAAGGUCCUAAAGCAGAGAAGGCCCAAAUUAAGUCCAGAAAGACAUCGGAGGAAAUCGAGAAACCUCAAGAAGCUGCAGUCGAAGAAUCUCCCAAAGCUGAGAAAGCCAAGAUCAAAGCUAGAAAAACGUCAGAGGAAACAGAAAAGCCUCAAGAAGCUGCUGUUGAAGAAGGCCCUAAAGCUGAAAAAGCCCAAAUUGAGUCCAGAAAGAAAUCUGAGGAAAUUGAGAAACCUCAAGAAGCUGCAGCUGAAGAAUCUCCCAAAGCUGAGAAAGCCAAGAUCAAAGCUAGAAAAUCGUCAGAGGAAACAGAAAAACCCCAAGAAGCUGCUGUUGAAGAAGGUCCUAAAGCAGAAAAAGCCCAAAUUAAGUCCACAAAGAAAUCGGAGGAAAUUGAGAAACCUCAAGAAGCUGCAAUUGAAGAAACUCCCAAAGCUGAGAAAGCCAAGAUCAAAGCUAGAAAAGCGUCAGAGGAAACAGAAAAGCCCCAAGAAGUUGCUGUUGAAGAAGGUCCUAAAACAGAAAAAGCCCAAAUUAAGGCCAAAAAGAAAUCGGAGGAAAUUGAGAAACCUCAAGAAGCUGCAGUCGAGGAAACUCCCAAAGCGGAGAAAGCCAAGAUCAAAGCUAGAAAAGCGUCAAAGGAAACAGAAAAGCCCCAAGAAGCUGCUGUUGAAAAAGGUCCUAAAGCAGAAAAAGCCCAAAUUAAGUCCAGAAAGAAAUCGGAGGAAAUUGAGAAACCUCAAGAAGCUACAGUUGGAGAAACUCCCAAAGCAGAGAAAGCCAAGAUCAAAGCUAGAAAAGUAUCAGAGGAAACAGAGAAGCCCCAAGAAGCUGCUGUUGAAGAAGUUUCUAAAGCCGAAAAUGCUCAAGUUAAAGCAAGAAAAACGUCUGAGAAUUUGGAUGGUCUUCAGGGUGCAGCUGCUGUAGAAGCUCCAAAAACCAAGGAUGCUGAACUUAAAGUCAGGAAGAAAUCUGAUGAUUCAAGUAAAGUAAAUGGUCAGUCAGAUAUUGGUAAGCCUAAAGUGAAGAAAACUAGCGUGAAAACUAAGAAGAAGACUGAAAAUCAAGGUGAAAAUGGAUUUGCUACUAAAAGUGAUGAGAAAUCUGAACAAGAAGAUCUUAAAUCGAGAUCCAGUAGUGUUGAUAAAGUACAAAAUGGUGAAUUCCUGCAUCAUACAUCGGAAUCAGUUAUUGGGGAUACGAAAAAGAUAGCCAACGGAAAAUUGCAAGAAUCUAAGGCUUUAACUGAAGAUGAGGAAUAUGAGAAACUUUAUCAGAAAGCAUUGGAAACACGUGCACUCAUGGAAGAUAACAGAGAAUGGACUAGAGUGACUGAGACUGAUAUUUCCGCUAGAAGAAUAUCUAUCAAUAAUGAUCAGAAACUUACUGAGUCACUAAAUAAAGAGAUGGAUGAUCUAAAGAAGAUGCAAAAGGAUCGUGAAAUGAGAAGACGGCCAGCUUUUGAAAUGUUCCUAACAAAUCGUUCAAUGACUGUUGGAUCUACUGUGAAGUUAUCAUGUGCAGCAUCUGGACCUGAGUAUCAAGUCCAAUGGCUUAAGAAUGGAAAACCCAUUUCCAAUGGAAGUAAAUAUCGUAUCCGAGAGAGCAGUGGAUUACUUGCCCUUGAAAUUCUGGAAGCAACCGUGAACGACAGUGGUGAAUACACAUGUAUUCUGAAGAAUAAAAAUGGUUCCGUUGAAAGUAGUUCAAUGGUAACCAUUUAUGAAAAGUGUCGAGAUGAUGAUGCCUUUGCACCUCUCUUCACACGAGGGAUACGGGUGCGUCAAGUACAAUGGCAAAUUGCUAUCAUCCACAUCAUUAGGCAGUGUCAAUGCACUCGAUUAAGCCUGAGCGAUCGAUCUCUUCAGAAGGGUGCAAUCAGUGCGUUCUGUCAAGUGCUGCUGACCAGUUCUCAGGUGGUCCCAACAAUGGCGGACGUGUUGGUGGAAAAGAAACCGAGUGUAAGUCUCCAAGUGCCUCAAUCGAUCCUCAAACGCGGGAUAACUCCGGAUGUUAUUCGAAGAAGUCGUAGUCGUCGUAGUCGCAGUGUUACGCCUUUCUUGGCACGACAGGAUCGCGAAACUACUCCUUUUGAAAUCGGCCAAAAUGUUCCUCAUACCCUUGUAUCAGCACUAUGUGUCCUGGAUAAGGCUCUUAUUAUGGAUAUCUCAUCCGAUAUUGUGGAUGAUCCUGUUCAAGUGCUCACAUCUGACUUCUCCGUCAUCGACAGAGCUUCUGUCAUGGAUAUAUCACAUGGGGACUUUAUCCUAGAGUAUGAGGAAUACGAGGAGGAAAUCGCAGAUGACGCUAGUAUUAUGAGUGUCGAUGAUCGCGCUAGCGAAAUGGAUGAGAGUGAAACGCGAUCUGAACGGUCAGAAAGCGAAGCCCCACUCAGUGAAGCAGAAUCCAUUGGGACUGAUGUAAGCACAGAAGCUGGUGGUGAAGGAGGUGAGCCAGGGCCUAAAAAGAAGAAAGUGGUGAAAAAGAAGGCCGUGAAGAAGCCAGUAGUAGUGGUGAAGAAGAAAGUAGUGAAGAAGGAAGAUUCGUCAAAGAAAAAGGCAGGAGGAAAAACAGGUGCCACCCCACCACCAAAAGCUCCACCCAAAAAGCUUGCUGUUGCAGGUGUUUUUGCGCAAGCGGAUGCAGCCCCAAAACCACCGAAACCAUCUAAACCGCAACCGAAGAAAAAGUCAAAGUCCCCAUCGCCAAAGCCAAAGGGAGCUCCACCGACAAAGUCAGCCGAAGAAGCUGCAGAAAUAGCCAAGAAGGCACGAGAGCCAUCAAAGGAAAAGACACCAGAAGAAGCAGAAGAACCAGAAGAAGAGGAAGAAGAAGAAGGUGAAGAAGAAGGUGAGGAAGAGCAAGAAGAGGAGGGAGGAUACGAUUACGACGCCGAGGAGGAACAGGAGCCCGAGGAGGAGGAAGAAAAAGUACCUAAAUCUCCAUCUCCUGUUUACACUGAAGACGAUCUCAUGGAGCAAGCCCUCAUUGCCAAACUCACAGUCUAUGAACCAGACUACGAUCCAGAUAUUUGGAGAAAAGUCACAGAUGAACCACCACCACCACCCAUUCAUCUUGAAUUCCCGCCAGAAAAACCACGAAAAGGAGCAGUUCCGUACAAGAAAAUGACUGAAAAGGAGCGAGAUAUGGAAUUUAUAAAGGAACGUGAAGCUAGAAAACCUCCUGUACUGCUCAAUCAUCUCACGGAUCGUACAGUUUGUGAAGGAACUCCAGUGAAACUAAGUUGCAGUGUCUCAGGUCCAGAUGUUCAGGUGAAGUGGCUUAGAAAUGGAUAUGUUUUGGAGAAGAAGCCUGGAAUCAAGACCACAUCAACGGAUGGUCAUCUUGUGCUAGAGCUACUGAACCCAACUCCACAGGAUUCUGGAAUGUAUGCAUGCGUUGUGAAGAACAAGAAUGGCGAAAUGUCCACAGAAGCCAAUGUGACUGUAUAUCAACUCGCGGAAGAUCUUCACGUGAUUCCGACAAUUAUCUCAGCUAAAGAUUCUUACGACAUCUAUACUGAUGAACUUAUUGUGGAGUUUCAUAUCCGUGGUCAACCCCGACCACAAUUGGAAUGGGUCAAGGAUGCUGUUGCUUUGGAAAUAAAUGAUCCGCGUUACCGAGUAGUUCACGAAGGAAAUCUCUGCCAGUUGCUCAUAUCUAAACCGACAAUCUCAGAUAGUGGCAAGUACGUUUGCUUUGCCUCAAAUGCAGCUGGAAAAAUUGAAGCUUCGCAUUGGGUGUCCUUCGAGGGGAAGGAAGCAGUAACUCACGUAGCAGGCAUCUUCCAUGCUCACUCCAAAAAAUCUCUCGAAGAGAUCACUGAAGAGCUCAUGCCACAUAUAACUUUACCACCACAUGAUCUACUAUCGGGAGAACCUGGUGAGAAGCCAAAAAAGGAGAAACCUGCUGCUAAGGGUGUUAAAGGGGGUCCAAAAGCUGCAGCUGCUGCAGCAGCUAUGGGCAAAGGUCGUCGUCGAGAGGAGACACUUCUUCACAGGAAGAUCCUCACUUUCUCCAAUAGUCUGCGCGACAGGACAACAACGGUGGGAACAAAAUUAAAACUAGUCACUACAGUAAUUGGUCCUGAACCAAAUAUUAAAUGGACUAAGGAUGGCAUUGGCAUUGCACCAAGUCCACGCUUUAAGAAUUCAACUAAGGAAGGCUUUGCUUGUAUCGAACUAAGUGAUCUGACUGUGGAGGACUCUGGAACCUACACCUGUACAGCAAAGAAUGCUGCUGGUGAAAUAUCCACAUCAGCAGUUGUGACAGUUUACGCAGUAGAGGAGGCCGAUGCUGUUGCCCCAAUCUUUACUUUGCCAAUUAAUGAUACUUAUCAUGUUGCGGAGAAUGAUUUGAUUCUCUCGUGUAAGGUGCGCGCUCAUCCCCGUCCAACAAUAGUUUGGCUCAAAGAUGAGCAAGAUAUGGCACCAGAUGAGAGAAUUCAGCAGGUGGAGCAUGCAAAUGGGGUGUGUGAAUUGUUAAUUCACGCCCCAACCACCAAGGACAGUGGCACUUACUCUUGCCGAGCCACCAAUUAUAAGGGUACUCAGAAAGUGUCUCACAGAACUACUGUGGAAGCCAAACCGUACUCAACAGUUGAAAUUCAACCACGCGAAGAGCCAUCAAAAGCUAAAGGACGCAAACUGGGGAAGAAAAAGGAAAAAGCUACUUCAACUGGAAUUCCCAAUGCCAGACUUUCAUUGGUAUUCCAAUCCUAUCUCACAAGUCGCACCGUCAAGGAGGGUCAACCUGUGAAACUAUCGUGCUUUGUGGCAGGACCUGAUCCAAAUGUGAAGUGGCUAAAGGAUGGAGCAGGAUUUGCACCAUCCCCCGUAAUUAAAGUGAAUAACGCUGAUGGAUUCUUAACAUGUAGUUUCCUUAGUCCAAAAGUUGAUGAUUCUGGAGAAUAUUCAGUCGUAGCUAAGAACUCUGCUAGCACAAUUACUUGCUCUUGCCGUUUGGAUGUCUAUUCAGCCAAUAUCACAUCGGAUUUCCCGCCGAUGUUCACUAGGGCUCUCAAAGAUAACUAUCACAUUAACACAAAUGAAUUGGUGAUUGAUGGGCACAUCCGUGGACAACCUAUGCCGAGAGUUUCAUGGAUGAGGGACGGUCAGACCAUUAAUCCUGAUGGUACUUUCCAACAAUUUGAGCAUGAUAAUGGAAACAUCGAAUUCGUUAUCAGUGAUCCUCAGCGUCAUCACAGUGGACGCUAUAUUUGCCAACUGGAGAACCAUAUGGGCAAGGCAGAAUUAUCUCACUUCGUUCUGUUCGAGGGCCGUGAAAUGUGUGAAACUGAACCUGUUCAUGGAGUUUUCCACAUAGAUCACCAGAAGAUCCGUGAGAAAGAAGAGGCACAUCGCAAAGCUCACGAAGAAGCUUUGCAUCCUGUUGCUCCCCGUAGGGUGUCUGCAGCAGUAGAAGCAGCAACAGAGGAAACAACAGAAUCUCCACGAAAAACUGUAUCAAAGACACCAAGUCGCCUUGAGAAAAUAAACGCCGAUGCCAGGACAAAGCUGUCCUUCUCAGCUCCACUGACUAAUCGUGUGUGUGCUGUUGGGUCUAAAGUAAAGCUCUCAUGCUACGUUGAAGGUUACAAUCCCCACUUUGAGUGGUACAAGAAUAACAGCCCUGUAAACUACUCCACAACUGUAAGGAACUCUAGUCGUGAUGGCUUGGGUAUCUUGGAGUUCUUUGACGCUCAACUUGAAGACACAGGAGAGUAUAAAUGUGUUGUGAAGAAUAUUGCAGGAGAGAUCAACUCAACAGCAACCUUGAUGGUCUAUGAAGAUAGAAAGGAUGUGGAAGUCCCUCCUACCUUUGUCAUUGGUCUUAAGGAUAGGUACUUGUUCGAUCGCAAUGAGAUCCUCAUGGAGUGUCAUGUCCGUGGAGAUCCCACACCUAAAAUAACCUGGCUGAGGGAGGGUGAACCCCUGAAAGGAGAUCGCUUUAAAGUCUUCGAACUCCCAGAUGGAGUAUGCCAUCUCUUGAUUACUGAGCCAGUUCCCAAAGAUAGUGGUGUCUAUGCGUGUAUCGCAGAAAACAAACUCCAAACUGUUCAAACUGCCCACUAUUUGGUCUUUGAGGGCAGAGAAGCUGAAUUGCGUAAGUUGAUGCCGAGCCCUGAGCCAGAGAAGCCUAAAGAGGCACCAAAGAGGAAGCCUGUAGGCAAGAAGGGUAAGGCAAAGGCUGCUAAGGCAGAAGCUGGAGCUCCGGUUGACAUGAAGAACCGAUUGACCUUUGUGGCUCAUCUUGCUGAUAGAACUGUACCCGUUGGAGGCAAACUCAAGCUUUUCUGCAUCGUCAAUGGACCUGAGCCACAGAUUAAGUGGACCAAGAAUAACUGUGGCGUUGUUGUUGGACCUCGUGUAAAGAACGGCACAAAGGAGAACAAUGCAUUGAUUGAUAUCCUUAAUGUUUUGCCUGAAGAUGCUGGAGAAUGGAAAUGUACAGCAAAGAAUGCAGCUGGAGAAAUUUCAACAACGUGCAAUUUAACGGUGUUUGAACCCCCACCUGUUGAUGUUAUUCCACCCACAUUCUCUCGGCCAAUUGCUGUGUCUUGUGAUUCCUCUUGUCGUCUGUGGACCCCUACAGUGUGCAAGAUGGAGCUUAAGACGGAGGCACCAAGAAAACCUCGUGGAAAAAAGCGAGGCCAGAAAAAGAAGGAAGUAUCCGAUGUUCUAGCAGGGGAUACUACACCCCUAUUUCUCACUCAUCUCACAAAUCGAACCAUUGAAGAAGGGAUACCAAUAAAAUUUUCCUGUUUUGCAAUGGGACCAGAAUUAAACGUAAAAUGGUUUAAGAAUGGUGAACCCUAUGUACCAAUAUCCCCAGUUAAAAUGUCCAGUGACGAUGGACUAAUUGUGCUAGAGUUUCUAAGUCCCACAAAAGCUGAUUCAGGACGGUACAAAGUUAACGUUUUUAAUGCAGCUGGAACAAUAUCAUCAACAGCUUUUCUGGAAAUUUAUUCCACAAAAGGAACCACAGUUACAGCAGAUCUUCCUCCGGUAUUUACCAGUUCAAUGAAAGAUUCAUUUCAUCCAGACACAAAUGAAAUUAUCCUUGAAUGUUUUGUCACGGGAAAUCCUACCCCUGAAAUAUCAUGGUACAGAGACAAUGUUGAGAUCACAACCACUGACAAAUUCGCCCUCAUCUCAGACAAUAAGCUCAGAAAAUUGAUCAUAUCUCAUCCUGAUAGUUCGGAUAGUGGUCUUUAUUCCUGCAAGUUGCGCAACAAUGAGCAACAACAGGAAGUUUCGUGCCAUGUUGAUGUUAAUUCAUUAAUUGGCAUGCCAAAGCCCAAAAAGGAACCCAAGCCUGAGAUUGCAGAUGAGGAUCUGUUGCAGAGGAAAAAACCCUCGAAGGAGGAAAAAGUUCUCGAAGAAGUCAAAAAGCCCCAGAGUAAAGCUGAAAGAAUGCGCAAUGAGGAGAAAAAUAAAUUGGUCUUUGAGGUGUAUUUGAAGAAUGUCACGGCGAAUGAAGGAUCUAUGGUAAAAUUGAUGUGUUGCGUUCGUGGACAUGAGCCAAGAGUCACUUGGCGCCGGAAUGGCCAAGAAAUUCCCCUAGAUGCCACCAAGUAUUCCACCGAGAGUCGCAAUGGGAUAUUUUCGCUCACCAUCAAAAAUGUGACCCACUCCGAUGCUGGUGAAUAUUCGUGCCGAAUUGAAAAUGCCAUCAACACAAUAUAUUCGUCAUCGAAGGUGAUCGUCAAUGAGAAAGUCCAAACGAAAGAACUUCCCAUUGUACUUUCGGAUAAGUUAUUAGAUUUCUAUGAUGAGAAAACCAAUCAACUGAUUUUCGAAUGUAUGAUUAGAGGAUCACCCAAAAUAUCCUGGUUUAGGGAUAACAGGCCUCUUCAGGACGAUAGAAUUGAAUAUUUCUCAGAUGCAAGUGGUAUUAAUAGGCUCAUAAUCAACAAACCGAAAGCUGAAGAUAGUGGACACUACUCCUGCCGCAUUCAAGAUGGUUCCUUUGACCUUAAACUCGAUCAUCACCUAUCUUUCGAUGGAAGAAAGAUCAUUCGAGGGAAGCAUCUAGAAAAGAUUCAUCAAACCUCAGAAAAACCAGAAAAGUCUCACACAGCAUUUAGACAUAGGGAUACCAAGAAGAAACCUCACUUUACUACACCUUUAAUGGACAGAACAGCAGCUGAAGGAUCAACAAUCAAGCUAAUAGCUAGCGUGAUAAGUGAUGUAGAUUCAGAAAUCAGCUGGUCUAAAAAUCACAUUCCACUUGGGAGCUCUUCCCGGCAUCGGACCACCUUCAAAGAUGGCUUGGCAACAUUGGAAAUCUUUGGAGCAACUCCCGAUGACUCUGCAGAGUACUCCUGCCUCGUACGCAAUCGCUACGGACAGUCGGAGUCGAGUUCAAAGUUGAAGGUGUAUGAAGGGUUUGAAAGCACCCCAAUGCCACCCACUUUUACCAGAAGUAUCAAAGACACAUACAACAUCAAUGUGGAUGAGUUGGUCCUGGAAUGCAGGGUUCGUGGUCAGCCUCGUCCUACAAUUACUUGGUAUAAGAACGGUGAGGAGCUUGACACUCAUAUGAGCAAGAAGUACGAACAACAGGACACGUAUGAUGGCUUCUGUCGUCUGCUGAUCAGCAAACCCACUCCAGCUGAUAAUGGCAUGUACAUAUGCAAAGCCGAUAAUCCGGGACACUCUGACAAGAUUCAACACUACGUGGAGUUCACAGGGAAAGAUCAGAGUAUCCUGGAAAGAACACAUGGUUUCUUCCAUCGCGAUCCCAACAAGCCACACUUCUCCACAGUCCUUACGGAUAACCUGGUACCAGUUGGUGGUACCAUUGGUCUUCAGGUUGAAGUUCACGGACCUGUGGAUGUUCAGUGGCUCCGUGGAAAGGAUCCCUUAACAACGGGAGACAAGAUAAACACAUAUGCCGAGGAUGGUGUCUUCACAUUGGCGGUGAGCAAUGCUACGCCCAAGGAGUCCGGCACCUAUACCUGCCGAGCCAUCAAUGCAUUUGGCAAGUCCGAUAGCAUCGCCCAUGUGCACGUUAUUGCACCGGCUACGGUCAAGGGAGGAAAACCACCUCAGAUUAUCGACAGACCACCUAAGGAGAUGGUCCUCAUGACUGGCGACAAUCUCAAGAUCUCCUUCAGGAUUCACGGUGAUCCUAAACCGCAAUUGUAUUUCUUGAAAGGAUUGCGUGACCUCACCCAGAAUUCACGAUGCUACAAAGAGAAACACGACGACUAUAUUCGAUACACUCUCGAGCGGUGUCUUCUCCAAGAUUCAGGAACCUACUGCAUCAUGGCAAGGAAUCGAUUUGGUGUCGAUCGAGCAUUUGUCGCCGUCCAGGUUAAAGCAAGAGCGCGCUCCAUAACGCCUUCAAGAGAAUGGAGCUACACGCCGAUAACCGUGGAUAGCACAGAAGUUUCAUAUUUUAAAAGUUUUCAUGAUGAAACGGAAUGUUCGCGAAAUUAUCAUAUUAAAUAUCUAAAUAAUCAAUUUCACUGCUAUACUCCUCGAUUGCUCUCACAAUAUUGUAAUACACUGCAGAUGAUGUGGAAAUUUACUAAGAAGGUCAAAAAGUGUAAUUGUAAUAAAAAGAAACACCUUACAACUCUUGCUUUCUUGUUUGAUCUUAAUUUUUUUUCCCGAUCUUGGUCUUCAACACAACGCUGCUGUUUGCCUCUUAAUCCACCAGAACCCAUCCCAGCGGAACCUCUUGUUGUGGAUAGUGGUAGGAAUCAUGUGAGUCUAUCGUGGCUUAAACCUCCGCCAAGUGAUGCUGCUCCUGUGAUUGCCUACAAAGUGGAAGCCUGGUUGGUGGGAAAAGAUGGUGGUGCUCGAUGGACAGAGUUGGGAGUAACACCCAUCAACAGUUUUGACGCCUUCAAUUUGCAACAGCGCUGUGAAUACCAUUUCCGUGUAACACCAAGGAAUCGAUAUGGAUGGGGUCCGUCUGUUCAAACUUCUCAUCCUGUUCUCGUGGGUGUCCCAGUUCAGAUGCCAGAGUUCACAAAGAUCCUCCCGGGGCAGUUAAAAGCUCUCUCCGAUCGGGAAAUCACCUUAGAAUGUAUCGUUAAAGGUCAUCCAAAACCUGAUGUGAUCUGGUACAAAGAUGGUUUGGAACUAGAAUCUGGGGACCGUAUGUCCUGCAGAUCGCUAGGGUCCGUAUGCAAGUUAACCAUUGUGAGUGUUAGGGAUUCCGAUUCAGGAAGAUAUACUUGCGAAGCUACAAAUAGAGCGGGAAGAGUGUCAACUUUCGCACGCCUCUUGGUUGUUUCGGACCCUAAGAUCUUCGAAGCAGACAAUGAACUCAAGAGAAAUAUUGAAACCGAUCUGAGUCUCGUUGGUGAAAUGCAGCCACAGUUUACGAUGAGAUUGAGAGAUCGUCGGGUACAAGUUACCUUCCCUGUCCGAUUGACCUGCCAAUGUGUUGGUUUUCCCCUACCGGAAGUUGUGUGGUUCAGAAAUGGAAAGGAAGUCGAACAAAAUGAUCGCUACACUAUCUGGAACGACAACAACUUCUACACCCUUGAGAUCUCUAGAACUACCCUGGAUGAUGGUGGAAGGUAUACAGCUACUGCAAGAAAUAACCUUGGAUCGGUAUCAUGUCACUGCAAUCUCGUUGUGGAUAAGGGUAUAAGGGCCUACAUCUCUCCAGACUUCUAUUGUGGUCUAGAUCCUCUCUAUGUCUUCCGGGAAGGAUCGGAAAUUAGACUGUCAGCUCAGGUUGAGGCCUAUCCUUCGGUCGGAGUAACAUGGCAUCGAGAUGGCGCUAAAUUGCGUCCUAGUCGGAGAAUUCUCGCAACGCUUGAUCACAAUGGCUUUGUAGAAUUGGUGAUAGCGGAUGCUACACCUUUCGAUGCGGGUAUCUAUACCUGCGUUGCAUCAAAUGCUGUUGGUCAGGCUGAAAGUUGCUGUAGAGUAACUAUUGAGCCUAGUUCCGUUGAUCAUUCGGACAAGCCUACAAUUCCAAGAGUAACUGAAGGAGAUCUUCCGUACUCCAAAGAGCCAAUGUUCAUAACAAAACCACGCUCAAGCGAAGCCUACGAAGGCGACACUGUGAUCAUACAUUGCGAAGUCAUUGGCGAUCCAAAGCCUGAUGUUGUCUGGCUAAGAGAUUUCCUUAAGCCGGAAUACUACAAAGAUGCUCCACAUUUCCAUCGCGUGGGAGAUGGUCCAGAGUACCGCUUAGAAAUUCCCAGAGCCAAAUUGGACUACACUGGAACCUACUCAACAAUUGCUACAAAUAUCCAUGGAGAGGCCAAAGCAAUAAUUUCCCUGCAGAUUUAUGCCAAAGAUUUAGACAAGGUUAAAAGUAUGGAUAAGGGAUCGAUCAAGCACAGCAAUGUUGAGACAUUGCCAUCAUUCUUGAGUCAUCUUAAGGACUUGAGGUGUUGCGAUGGUGACGCAGUUACGCUAGAGUGCAGAGUCAUUGGGCAACCUGAACCGAAUAUUUUCUGGGAAAAGGAUGGCCGUCUAAUGCAGAUGGGAAAUGACUUUUCCAGCAAAUAUGAUGGGGAGAAAGCUACUUUGUCCCUUGCAAGGGUCUUUCCCGAGGAUGAAGGAUCUUACACAUGUAUCGCCUCCAACACCAUUGGGAAGACCUACUCUUCAGCAGUUCUAAUUGUUGACGUGCCUGAAGAGAAGGAGAACCUCCUGAGUAAGCAGCUUAAUCGUCCUCCAGGAAUGCUUCUCUCCGCUCAGUCAACUCCAAGAUCAACCCCAAGAACAACUCCAAUUCGCAGUAGUUCGCCCCAUCAUAUGUCCUUUAGGAGUCCCUGUAUCGACAUCACAUCUUCCAAACAUCUCAAAUUCUCAGCCCCAAAAUUCUAUGCACUUCCGCAAAAUCGAGUAGCUGAAGAAGGUGACAAUGUCCGCUUCCAAUGCGCGAUUGCUGGACAUCCAACACCCUGGGCCACCUGGGAUAUGAAUGGUACAAUCGUGACUCCAACAGCAAGGAUAACGGUUAAAGAAUGUGAUGAUCUGAGAAUCCUAGAGAUUGAGCAAGUCACUCAGGAAGAUGCUGGACUCUACAGGAUCACUCUUGAGAAUGACUUUGGACGAAUCGAAGCUACAGCUCGACUCGAUGUGAUUUGCUGCCGCAAUAGAUCUUCUCGAGGACUGAGGACAACGAGUGCUUCCCCACGGAGAACAGGAGUCUGGUCCAGGAGAUUGAUGGGCAACAGUACAGCCAUUGGUGGUCGAUUGGCUCUGGCGUGUGAUUUCAGACGUGGAACAUCAACGCCAGCGAGAAAGUUCUACCACAAUGGGGAAGAAGUUCAGGAAUCUGAUAGAAUCAAGAUCCUAGAAGAGGAUGAUCGCACAACUCUAAUUGUGGACAAUGCGACUGUGGAAGAUGAAGGCAUUUACACGUGUAUAUCUUAUGCUGAAGACUGCAUCAUGACAACCUCGAAAUCUGUGACUUUCGCCAACAAUCCAGUGAAUCCACCACGAAUUGUGAAACCUCUGACGCCCGAAGAGGCCAAAGAUAUUCGAGCUUAUGAAGGAAUAGCCCUCGAUCUUGAACUCGAAGUUGAGUGCAGUGAAAUGUUUGAGUAUACUUGGUACAGAGAUGAUCAAGUUAUUGUUGAUUCCAAUGAUAUGAGAUACAUCGAUCACGGAGAUGGUCUAUUGGUGCUUCGCAUUGAAGAUCCAUUUGUGCUGGACUCUGGUGUCUAUCGAUGUGUUGUCACCUCAUCGGUGGGAAAGUGUGAAACGUCCUGCCCAGUGAUCGUCACAGAACUAGAUGAGUCAUCCAGUGCGUCAGAAGAGCAGCUUAAGCCACAUUUCUCGAAGCAACCACUGCCAGUUGUGUCUCAUCCAGGCGCCGAGGUGGCCUUCUCUGCGCGCAUAUCUCCACCUCAGUCGCGGAUCUCGUGGUAUCUCAAUGGUCGUGAAAUUGGACAAGACCCUUCAGCACAUUUUCAGAUUGAGGAACAGGAAGACGGCUUGAGUAUUUUGCGGGUCAUUGGGCUGAAGCACGAUCACAGUGGGGAGAUUAAGUGUGUGGCUCAGACGAAAGCUGACUGUGGCAGAAAGAGUGAUACACAAGCUAUUGUCUACACUAAUCUAGCUGUUCUCCCAGAAAUUCCACCAAGUAUCUGUCCAGCUCAUAUUCUAAGUGGACCUCAGGACUGUACAACACUUAUUGGUGGGAAGAUUAUUCUCGAGGCAUUCUUUGCUGGUCAUCCAGAUCCAACAGUCAAGUGGAUGAGAGCUGGUCGUAUCAUAUCUGAGACACCCAAUAAAACCAUGAAAACCACAAAGGGACAAUCAGUGCUUGUGCUCACGGACAUCACAGCCGAUGACAGUGGAAAGUACACAGUGGAAGUGUCUAAUGAGCAUGGGUCUGAUAUUGCAUCGGCAUCCGUGGCCGUUGAGGGCCCUCCAGAUCCACCGGGUGGACGUCCCAGUGUUUCCCAAGGGAAUGACCGGGUUGCUAUUGCAUGGUGUGGACCUCCCUACGAUGGUGGAUGUAUGCUAACAGGAUUCAGCAUUGAAAUGCAGGAAGGUGAAGGUGAAUGGAAGGAAGUGGCUCAAGUUGUGGAUUCCUUAGCACACACUCUGAAAGAUCUGACUCCUGGACUGAGGUAUAGAUUUCGUGUUCGUGCCGAAAAUACUCAUGGGAAGAGUGAACCCAGUCUGUCCAGCGAUGAAAUCCUCAUUUAUUCUUCAGAUUCAGAAGCCGAAAAACACCAAGUUGAUGUUGAAGUUGCUUCUGGUGGUGACUUCAAAAGCCGAUUCGAGAUGCUCGAGGAAUUGGGCAAAGGUCGUUUUGGAGUAGUGUACAAAGUCAUAGAACGAGAUACUAACCGAACCCUGGCAGCCAAAGUGAUAAAAUGUAUCAAAUCGAAAGAUCGAAUUAAGGUUCAAGAAGAGAUCUCCAUUAUGAAUUCACUGAAGCAUCCGAAACUCCUGCAAUUAGCCGCCACCUUCGAGACUACCAAAGAAAUUAUUAUGGUGAUGGAAUAUAUAACUGGUGGUGAGCUCUUUGAAAGGGUUGUUGCUGAUGACUUCACCCUCACCGAGAGGGAUUGCAUUUUGUUCCUCAGGCAAAUCUGCGAAGGAGUGAGCUACAUGCAUGAAAAGUGUGUGGUUCAUCUUGACCUAAAACCGGAAAAUAUUAUGUGUCACACGAGAAAUAGCCACCAGAUUAAAAUAAUUGAUUUUGGUCUGGCACAGAGGCUUACUGAUAAUACUCCCGUUCGUGUCUUAUUCGGAACACCCGAAUUCAUACCUCCAGAGAUCAUUAACUACGAACCCAUAGGAUUCCAAUCCGAUAUGUGGAGCGUUGGAGUUAUUUGCUACGUUCUUUUAUCGGGUUUAUCACCAUUUAUGGGUGAUUCGGACGUGGAUACAUUCUCCAAUAUUACGAGAGCUGACUAUGACUUCGAGGACGAGGCAUUCGAUGCUGUGUCCCAAGACGCCAAAGAAUUCAUCUCGGGGCUUUUGAUCCAUCGCAAGGAGGAUCGUUUAACAGCUGAAGAGUGCCUCAAUUCCAAAUGGUUGUCUCUCGAGAACGAUAACAUGAGCAAUGUUAAGCUCAGCACUGAUAAACUCAAAAAGUUCAUAAUUCGCAGAAAAUGGCAGAAAACUGGUAAUGCUAUAAGAGCUCUUGGACGAAUGGCAACUCUGUCUGCCAAUUCCCGAAGGAAUUCAGCUGCUUCUUCAGCACCAAAUAGUCCUAGACCAUCAAUUUCUGGAAAUAUUUUGGCCUCCCUGACAACCCAUAUGUCUUCGGUGAAUGAAGAAGUAGAUGAUAUUGAGGAAAAGGCUUCAAAGGUUCACUUCAGCAAUGAUCAGAAGAAAAGACCUAAUGGAGUGAAAGAUCGCUCCUGCAGCGAAAGAAGUGACUCAGGCUUCAGUGAAUGCUCAACUAAUUGUGGUUGCACUCAAUCUGCAUCCAAUAAACUCCAAAUAAUCUUUGACAUUGAUGACAAUGAAGAUGAUUUGCAUGCAGAAAACUCAGGAGGAUUCUCCCAUGAAGUGCUCGCAUCGAAACUGGAAAAGAUUGCUGAACAGCAGAAAGAAGAUAGUUGCAAUACGAAAAGCGAUAUUAGUGAAAAAUCCUCAGCAACUCCAGUUUCACCACCACCAAAUCUUAGUCCUCUCAAUGAUCUGGAAUAUGAUAUAAAGCGAUUCAAUUUGACAAACUCCAUACAGACAAGAAAGAAAUCUCUGGAGAGUAGCAUGAGGAAGGAUUCAACACCUCAGCUAUCAGUCCCAUUAAUCCAUAUCAGUCCAGAGAAAAAGGUAUCGCAUCUGAAGGAGAAGUUCGACGCGAAGGCAAGUAAGAAGAAUAGUCCACGGACAAGAAGUCCCAAUAGUCGUGUUUUUGCAAAGAAUACCGCAGGAGAAUCUUCAAAGACUGAUCUCACAAAUCGACUUGCAACAAACACUCCAAGUCCUAGCCGAAAGACGGGUGGGCUAAGUGCCCGCGUGAAGGAAGUAACGGAGCGCCUUUCAGCGCCCAAAAGGACCCCCGAGCAGUCAUUUAGACCAAAUACGACAAACUCAGUGAGAACGACUAAGAAACUCACCCUCUCGCACGAGAGCUUCAAGAAAGCUUCAGCCUUCUGGAAGUCCUAGUCACACGAAUAAGAUAUUGCAAUGUCCUUUUUUCUAUGUCCUGUAUUUUAUUCACCAUUUUUUUAAGUGUUACAGUUUCGUUCUUUUGUCUGACAAAAAAAUCUAAAAGAGUAAAAUAUAUGAUGAUUUUUUCUCUA